AUGGACACCGACUGGGUCAUCCAUCCUGAUGACUUCCAUACUGCAGUGUCUCCCUCAUCAUCGCUAUCGUCAUCUUCUUCAUCAUCACGAUCACAAUCACCACUGCCCUCACCAUCUCCCACCGUCAACCGACCCCAAUACCCCCAGAGAUAUUCAUCACGCUCAAGAUCACGCUCACCCACACAACAAACCUCACCACCAACGCCCACACUCCCACAGCAACAACCCAACGCAACACCCUCCACCUCUUCCUCUUCCUCAUCACCGUCUCCCCGCGAACCCCACGACACCCCCUCCACCCAUCCCCAGCAACCUCAUCAUCACAUGGACCUCUCCCCCCCAGGCACCCUAAACAUCGACCCCUACCGCGCCCACCUCCGCCGCAUCGCGGGGUCCCACCGCCACGUCGCCGUCGCGCUCGCCUGCGUCCGCGGCGUCUACGACGUCGGGCGCGAGCUCGGGUUCCACGGCGUCAAGAGCGGGUGCGGGUAUGCGAAUUCGUGGGGGUCGGCAAGGUGGAGUCGGGAGGAGCGAUAA